AAAGUUUCUUUGCAAGUUUGCAGUUUGCGUGGUAGAAAGAAACAUAUAUUUUUAUUUUUUUUGUUUUUAAUUGUUUAUAUAGCAAAAAACAAAAUGGUUAAAGCUAGCGGUAUAGCUCAAGUUCCCUUUAUUGACACGCACCUAGACAGAAAUAGCAUUGAGACGCAAAUUCAGAGGAUACUAAAGAAGAACACAGUUACCCAACCUGUACUUUAUAAAGAGUGGCUACUCAAAGCUGUAUCUGUUAUUGAUCUGACUACACUCUCUGGUGACGAUACAAAGUCAAAUGUAACAAGACUGUGCAUAAAGGCAGCAAACCCAAUCAACAAUAAAAGUAUCAAGACUGCUGCAGUAUGUGUAUAUCCAAAUAGAGUGGAGGAUGCUUUUCAGGCUAUAAAGAGAAUGGACUUAUUAGAUGAAAUUCAAAUUGCCUCAGUUGCAACGGGUUUCCCAUCCGGUUUAUAUCCACUAGAAACAAGAUUGCAAGAGGUUAAGUUUGCCGUAUCAAAAGGGGCUACUGAAAUUGAUGUUGUCUUGGAUCGUAGUUUGGUUCUAACUGGCCAAUGGAACAAGUUGUAUGAAGAGGUAAUAGAGAUGAAGAAAGCAUGUGGUACAGCACAUUUAAAGGUUAUUUUGGGAGUGGGAGAGCUGGGAACUUAUGAAAAUGUAUACAAUGCUUCAAUGGUAGCUAUGUAUGCUGGUGCAGAUUUCAUAAAGACAUCAACAGGGAAGGAGGCAGUCAAUGCAACUCUACCAAUUGGACUGGUUAUGUGUCGAGCUAUAAGACAUUAUUACGAGUUGACUGGCAAAAAGAUUGGACUGAAACCAGCCGGCGGUAUCAAAACGGCUAGGGACGCUGUGAACUGGCUUGUUCUGGUCUACACAGAGCUGGGCGUUGAGUGGCUAAGUCCGACACUGUUUCGCAUCGGAGCGUCGAGCUUACUGGGGGAAAUUGAGAAAGAGUUGGACAAACUUGCCUUACAAGCCAUAUGUUAGUAUCUUUAUGCUAU